UUCACAUUCUCUUCCUCCCCAUAAAACACACACACAACAAUAUCAAUUUUGGCAUAAGAGAAGAUGGAUUUCUUCAAGCUCAGAGCUCAAUAUCUACUUCUUCUUUUGGUUUUACUACCAAUGUUAGCUGCAAAAGAGAAUAGUAUUCCUCCUGUUCUUGCUCCUUACUUUGACAAUAUAUGCAAUGAUGUGGAGUGUGGGAAAGGAAGUUGUGAGAAAGCACCAGGAAAGCCAUUCAACUUCAUCUGUAAAUGUGAACGAGAUUGGAAGCGUACUCACCAUGAGGAUGACGACGAUGAAGAUGAUCUUGAAUUUCUCCCUUGCAUUCUUCCCAAGUGUUCUCUCGACUAUUCUUGCUUGCCAGCACCUCCACCAGCUCCACCAAUUCCACACAACAUGUCUUUCUUUGAUCCUUGCUAUUGGAUUAACUGUGGAGAGGGGACAUGCAAAAAGAAUAUAACACAUGGACAAACAUGCCAGUGCAAAUCUGGUUAUUCCAAUAUCCUAGACAUUCCUGCUUUCCCAUGCUUCAAUGAUUGUGCCAUUGGAGCUGCUGAUUGCCAAAAGCUGGGAAUUCGGCUUUCAAAUUCUACUGCAUCAUCUCCAUCCUCAUCAACACCAUCUUCAAUUUUUAAUACCAACAAUGGAGGUAAUGACACUAAUGGAGCUACAUCAUUUAUGUUCAAGAAUUCCCACUGGAUGGCUACCUUUCUGGUCUCUGCAGCUGUGGCUUUACUCAACUAGGAAGACGGGAUGGUGUUUUACUUCGCGUGAGAGAUCUUACAACAUUUAUUAGCUUGACGCUUCAUCUAUACCAGCGCAUUCUACUUCAUUCAUUUGUCAGAUUCAUAUGUACUAUAUAUAUAUAUUUAAUAAACAUGUGAUAGUGUUUCAUUUCUGUACAGAGUAUAUUUUGAACAUUGUUUCAGUUGUAUUUUACUUUUCUUCAUAUAGCCUUCAACUUACUGAGGACAAGACCCUUGAUAGGGGUGUGUGGAGGUCAAGGAUUCGGGGUAGAAGGCUAGUAGUAUAUUAGUUUCACGUCUUGUCUCUCUUGCUAUUAGUAUUAGUAUUAUUUUCGGUAUUUUAUUAUUUUACUAUUUCCGGAUUCUUCAUUC